AUGGAUUCUCAAAACUCGGCGGGCCUCGUCAUCCGGGAGAUGGAUACGUCCACGUCCACGACAGAGGACACUGCAAAGGCCAUUGUUGAUCCAGUGCCGGCGGCCAUCAAGACUGAAACGAAUCUCAAAAAGACAACAAACCGUGCCAAUGGCGAGGGGAAUGCUAGCGGCAAGGCCAAGACCAGUAAGGCACAGACCUCCAACACCAAGAAGCCAAAGAGGACUGUUGUGAUUGAGGUCGACGGCUCAUCGGGCUCAGAGAGCGACUCGGACUCAUCGUCACAGGCCUCUGAUCUUUCUUCCGACCAAGACUUGUCCGACAGUGAGUCCUCCAGCAGCGCCGAUGAAGGCUCGCGAAAAAAGAAGAAGAACAAGAAGCGUCGCGAUGCCGCGAAGGCGACGAAACGGGGUCGGUCGAAAAAAUCGAAGAAACCUAUCAAGGCUCAAGAUCUUUCCGAUUCUGAUUCUGAUUCGAACUCAGACUCGGACUCGAACUCUUCAUCCGUGUCAAGGUCUUCGGCGUCACGAUCAUCGAGUGACUCAGAAAGCUCGUCGGGGUCAGACAGCGAGAGCGACGGUUUUCGCCAUCCAGCAAGGGGCCACCAUAACACCCGACGGCAGAAGGAUCUCGCCAGGCUUAUGCUCUUCCAGCAGCAGCAGCAGCAGCCGCCGCCGCCAACAAUCCCAGCCUUCAAUCCUUACCAACAAUACCAAACUCCCUACUAUGGUGCUCCCAUGGGCAUGCCCAUGGGUGGUAUGGCGUUUGGUGCGGGCAUGGCCCAACCCUUUGCGACAAUGCCGGCAUACACUCCUCCACCGUUGCCCGCCCACAAUCCUCCUCCUCAUCAUGGAAUGCCUCUGAAACGUUCAACUCCCCCGACUCGUGGUAGAGGUAGGAUGGGCCGUGGCAUGCGAGGUGGUAUGCACAAUGUAAUCGUCGACGGCCAUGGCAAUAUGCGCGACAACCGCCGCCGCAGGAAGAGUUCCAGGCACAGGAAGACGUCCAAGUCAAUGAGUUUCAAACGUGUUGACCAGGUGUGGGACAAUACCAUCCACAACUACAAGCUGCAGGACACUGCUGAAGAAUCACCUGACUCCGAGUAUGACGGCUAUGUCUUCCACGUUCGUCGUACGUUUGACUGGGAGGGCAAAUACAAGCAAACCUUCGUCGACAUCAAGAGCAAGCUACUUCGCGAUGCCCUUCAGGAAGUCAUGGGUGACAUCAAAGGUAUCAGCCUUGUCGAAGAGACUCCGAAGAUGGACCCGAAUUUGCUGUUUCUCUACCUGGAGGACAUCCGCAAGCAUAUCAAGACCAUGAAAGGAUUCAAGCCAACAGGAGACAAGAAGACCCGAAAGAAGGAAGCCAAGCGCAACGAGAAGAAACGCCAACAACUCAAGGUUCUCGCGAAGUACCUCGACAAGGAUUAUGAGGAGUUGAAAAACAGUCUUAAGCCUCUUCUCAAAAACGGUCUUAUUACCUUUGAGCUGCUCUGGGCUCUUUGGAAGCCGAACACCCUGGCUUUCACAACGACAUACGGGUCCCCGGACGAGCCGCGAGUUUUCAAGGCUGAGAUGGCCGAGAAGCACUUCAGUAUUUCGAAGGGCAGCUUCUACUACAUCGAAGGAAAAUAUUUCGAGUACGAUGGCAAACGAUUCGGAUUUGGUAGCGUUGCCGAUGAGAUUGACGAGUUUCGGGGCGCACGCAAGAUCACGAGUCUGCCUGUCUAUCCUCUGGAGUACCACAAAAACGAAGAGCAGCUUCGUAAGGAUCUGAUCGAACGUGGCAAGAAAUUUGUGUCAUUGAGCGGCGUCCAGUACAAGAACUACGACGGUAUGGCGUAUUACAAGAAGAAAAAGACAGCUGUCAAGGUCAACAUAAGUGGUCGCAUCAUGAUUGACUCCAGCAUUCACCGCCGCAUCAACCCAAAUUACCCAAUCUCUCUCAUCCGCCCUACAGAGCUUGAAGGUUUCUCGGAAGACGAAAAUUCCGACAACGAAUGGAGUAACGGGCGGGGCCGUAGUGCUGGCUCUGACACGGACGAAGGGAACGGACGGGCCAACGGCAUUCUGGAGGAAAAGAAGGCCCCGGAGAAGCUCAAGAAAGGGUCUGAAAAGGAUGGUGGCGCCGAGGACGACAAUGCUUCGGGUGACAACGACGAUGCGAAGGUGCCGCUGGAGUUCAGCGAGGAAGAGUACCUUAUGUCGUCUCCGGUUGUUCUCGGGUUCGCCUUCGCAGAGAAAAUGUGGCUGGAGUUUACCGUGUCUAGUGUGAAGGAGAUCCAUUGGAACAAGGACGCCUAUGAGUCUCUUGUGCUUGAGUCCAAGACGAAGGACAUUGUUAAGGCUCUCGUCGAAUCGCACAAAUACCACGCAGCGGAGAGUAUCGACGACGUCAUUCAGGGCAAGGGCAAGGGUCUCGUUGGCACCGGCAAGACGCUUACUGCAGAGGGCAUUUCGGAGCUGCUUAAGUGCCCCCUGUACAUGGUCUCUGCCGGCGAGCUAGGCACGGACUCUCGGUUCUUGGAGUCAGAGCUGCAGAAGAUCCUCGACAUCUGUCAUGCAUGGGGUGCUAUCCUGCUUCUCGAUGAGGCCGAUGUGUUCCUUGAGAAGCGCAACAUGCACGAUAUCCACAGAAAUGCUCUAGUCAGCAUCUUUCUCCGACAGUUGGAGUACUUCCAGGGUAUUUUGUUCCUGACGACGAACCGUGUUGAGACGUUUGAUGAUGCCUUCCAGUCGAGAAUCCACCUUGCGCUGCGCUACGACAUUCUCGACCAACGUGCUAAGAAAGCCAUCUUCAAGAUCUUUAUCGAGCGGGUGCGCGUUCUCGAGAAGAUUGAAAUGAUGCCAUUUUCCGAUGAGGACUACAACGACCUGGCCCGGAACGAACUCAAUGGUCGCCAGAUCAAGAAUACCGUCCGCACGGCCCAGGCGCUGGCCGUGAACAAAAAGGAGCCCAUGUCCAUGAGCCACAUCCGGCAGGUCCUUGAGGUGCACAUGUCCUUUGACCGUGAUCUCAAGGGUGGCCCCGGCUUCCAGGACGCCAUGCGUAGCUACUUCUAA